AUGCGCCUUUAUCUGUUAUAAAAAUCUCAUCGGCCAUAUUGGUGUGUUGUAUUGUUCGCUCAGUAAUUUCCGAGUUAAAUAAGCAGAGAGAGUGCAGCAUGACGGAUUCCAUGAAGUUUGGUCCAGAAUGGUUGCGCAAUCUGUCUGGAGACAGUUGUAAUUCCGGUGGUGGUGGUGGUGGUACAGCCAACCUGAUCACCCCUCGGUACCAGUUGGCAGAGCAUAGAUACGGCAGAGAAGAGAUGCUGGCGUUAUUCGAUCGUAACUGCAAGCCACCGGAGGGACUGUUAAGCCUCCAGACCAUCUACGUGGAGAAGACCCUAUUACCCCUUGCGUUCAUACCAAUGACAGAGGACGAAACGCGAGUGUGGAGCGGUGGUGUAAGCAGUGCUGGUGGUCGUGGUAGAGGUGGGAGUGUCGAUCGUGGUGGUCGUGGAAGACUAGGACGUGGUGGAAUGUACUCUUUCAGUCGUGGUCCUGGAGGCUUCGAUGACUCUGGCGAAGGGAGUAGACUUGAUUCACAGCCAUACCAGGGUAGAAGAGUUUACGAUAGAUCACAGAGUGAGAGAGGAUGGUCUGAGAGAAAUGGGGUGGCAGAUACUGGUGAGUGGAAUGGCUCGACGAGCCCCAGGAAGGAGAUGAGUCGAGGGGCAAGUGGUAGUUCACUGAUGGAGAGCAAUUGGAGACGACCUCGAGCAGCUGGUGAUGAGGAGGAGGGCUGGAGGGUUGCCUCUAAUAAUCGUAAUGAAAAAUGGAUCAGAGGUAAUUGGAGAGAUGGUGGUGGUGAACGAGAGAGAAUGGAUCGUGGUGAUACCGAUGGAGAUGAUGGCCGAGGUGGUGGACGUUGGGAGACUCGAACGAGUCACAGAUUAUCCCACGAUUCUCAUCAUCAUCCACCGAGAACUGCUCGUACUUGGGAGUCCAAUCAUCACGAUAAUCACGAUAAUUUGCCUGAAUGGGCGACUGAGAAUCCCAGCGAGAGUGGUGGAAGUUUCGAUGCAUCUGGCGCCUUCCAUGGGGGAAUAUUCUCCGACGAGGAUGAGGAGGGAAUGACUGGUGAGGGGAGACACCGGCGUACCUCCGAGGGUAACAAUAAUACUAAAGCUGGAGCCAAAUUGACAUAUGGACACAAUGUCAUUCGUCAGAGUAACUCCACGAGCACUGUAACAAGAGAGAGGCCAAAGUCUCUCCAUCCAUUCGACGGCAAGGAGACACCAGCGAAUCAAGAACGAAGAAGUGCUUCCCCGACAAAACCAGCGACUACUUCAAGCGCUCUAAACACUAAUCCAGUAGUGAUAGAAGCAGGGAGAAAGGUCCAGACAUCAGCAAGCUCAGCAAAUCUGGUGAAAACAGAAAUAAACAAAAUUCAGGGACCCCAGCGCUCAAAAUCCUUCAUCGAACGAACAUCAAAGCCUCCCCAGAACGAUUCAAGACCUCAGGAGCCACCAGCAAUGACCACCAACAAAUCCAAACCACCAAGUAUCCCAACAAUCGAGCAUAAUCCUGUUCCACCAAUGCCUGCACCCAAGCCUGAUGAUGAUCUCGACAGAAUGAAUGCUGAAGCAGAUAUGUUAGUAGCCAAACUAACAGCUGACGAGGAGAGCCACAGAGAGGAUUUAUCAUCAAUUCCCCCUGUCACCAAUCAUCAGCCAUUGACAGCUGGUGCUCAAGAGAAAUGGUUCUACAGAGAUCCACAGGGUGAAGUUCAGGGCCCCUUUCUUGCGAAUGAAAUGGCUGAGUGGUGCAGAGCUGGUUAUUUCACAUCGGGUCUACUGGUGAGACGAACGUGUGACGAGAGAUAUGCAACACUAGGUGAUCUAAUGACAAUGUGUGGCAGAGUCCCUUUUAUUCCAGGCCAUCCAAUUCCCCCCCUCAAACUUGCUGAACAACCAGUUAUUCCACCACCCAUUACCAAUCCAGUACCAACUGGAUUACCUGGCAGUGCCUUACCCAAACCUGGAAUCGACGAUCCACUGCUCAUGUAUCAGCACCUGAGAUUAUUGCAGAAUCAGCAGGUGUUGCUCAGACAAAUGAAGAGUUCAGCAUUUACCAAACUCUCGCAGUCUGAGCACUUUGGUACACUGAGUGCUGUCGAGCAGAAUCAAUUGAUAAUGCAGUGUGUCAUGCAGGAUCCUGAGAUACGUGAAUUAUCGAUUAAUCAGAGCCCAUUUGUCAAUCCACUUGGGUCAACAACGUCCAAUCCUGUUAUGCAACUGUUUAAUCAAAUGCAACAGGCCAAGACCCAGAGUGAUAAUCACAUGCCAUCAACAGCGCACCCACCAAUCGAUCCUAUUCAGCAGUUUAUCCAGAAAAUUGGCACUGGACAGAAUUUACCACCACCACAGUCAACAAUAACUCCAACAAUUAAUCCACCACCAGCUCAACCAUCACAGGAGGAUAAUCCCAUAAAAUCGUUGCUACGACAGCUUCAAGUCAGUGCCAAUGGACACCCCCAGGCCCAUCCGAUAGAUUCGAUUUGGCCACAGCCCCCACCACAGAUCAAUCCACAAUUCAAUGCCCAGAAUUGGCUGGCCCAGGUGGGACAACUGCCACCAAUGCCACCAGGACAAAUGCCAAAUUCUCUGUGGGACUUGCAUACCAAGGAAAUGAAGACUGAACAACAGAUACUAGAGGAGCAGAACAUUAAAAUACAAGAGGACAGGAAGAAAGAGGAAUUGAGAAGACAGGAGGAGAUUCUGAGACAGGUAGAGGAUGAGACUGUCAAGAGGAAAUUCGAGGCCGAGGUGCGGGUAAGACAGCUGGAGGAGGCAAAGCGAAAGGACGAGGAGAAGAGGCGCAGGGAGGAUGAGAAGAGGCGAAAGGAGGAGGAGAAACGUAAGCAGGAGGAGGAAUUGAAGAAGAGAGAGGAGAAGAAGCGUAAGGACGAGGAGAAAAAACGAGAGGAGAAACGUAAAAUCGAUGAGGAGAAUAAUCGGAAGAAGCAGGAGGAGGAGAAGAAGAAACGCGAGGAGGCGAAGAGACAGGAGGAGAAAGUCAAGAAGGAGGAGGACAGGCGAAGAAAGCUGGAGGAGGAGCAGGUGAAGAGGCAGGAAGAGGAGCGUUUGAAGAGAGAGGAGGAAAAUCGUAAGAGGGUGGAGUUGGAAGAGCAGGCGAGGAGGGCAGAUCAGAGGCGUAGAGAGGUUGAGGCCCUCAAGAAACUUCAGGAGAGGAGUAAAGCGCCUUGGGCACGGGCUCAGCAUGCACCACCUGUGGCGAAUCAUGCAUCUCUCGCUGAAAUUCAGAGGCUCGAGCGUGAGAAGAAAGCUGAGGAGAUGCGUAUACAGCAGCAGAUGCAGCAGCAAAUUGCUCAGCAAAAGGCUGUGGAGGCGGCCAAGGAGGCGGCUGUCUUGGACUCGUCGAAACGUCUUCAGUUCAAGUGGGCUGAGAAGGCCGCACCCACCACCAAACAGCCACAGGUCAAGAGUCUAGCUCAGAUCCAGCAGGAGGAGCAGGAACGCAUUGCCAAGGUCAAGCAGCAGGAGAAGGAACGCCAGGAGAAGGCCAAUCAGAAGGAGACAGCUGUUGUGACGCAGAAUGCUGGUAUCUGGGGUACUGCCUCACAAUCUCUAAACUGGGCACCAGCUAAUUCUGGUAUUGAUUAUAAAGGGGGAAAGAAUUGGUCAGGUAGUGGAUUUUGGGAUGAACCUGUACCUAGCAAACCUGCAACUGUUGUUAAGCCACAGCCGGUGGCUAAAGUCAAUCAACAGACAGCUCCUAAGAGUAAUGUCAGUGGACCUCCACAGCAGAAUAAUAAAGUGGCUAAGGGCAAGGUCAAGAAGGAGGAGGAAAUUGUUAAGAAACUCUUUGAGAAUAACACUGCCAAGACGGACGAUUUUCAGCAGUGGUGCUUCAGGGCACUCUGUGGAUUACAACCGUCCGUUGAUAUCCCAACGUUCAUUGGUUUUCUGAAGGAUAUCGAGUCGGCUUAUGAGGUUAAGGAAUAUGUCAGGAUGUACCUGGGGGAUAGUAAACAGACUACGGAAUUUACGAAACAGUUCUUGGAGAAGAGAAGUAAAUUGCGAUCCGCUCAGAGACCCAGGGCUGAGGCUGAUGAUCUUUGUAAACCUGCACCUGCUGUCAAUCCUAAUGCUCCUAUGGAGUUCCAGGAGGUCAAGGGAAAGGCGAAGAAACCAAAAAAAGGAAAGAUGUGCAAAGUUGACAGCAGAAUUCUUGGCUUCAGUGUAACUGCAGCAACUGAUCGUAUCAAUGUUGGAGAUCGAGAUUAUGGUGAAGGCGUUUGAACGUCCAGCCAAAUUUCCAAUGAAAAAUCGAACGCAAAGAAAGACAAACUGUUUUACUGUUAGGAAGAGAAUCUUUUGACGACAAAGGGGAUGCUCGACUUAUCAGAUUGGUUCGUUAUUUAUUUAUAUUUUUUUAAGUUGAAAAAUAAUGAUCCGGUAAUAUUGGACGAACAAUUCUACGAUGGAAGGAAGCAGUUUGAUUCUACCGAGACGUAUAAUGCAGGACUAUGAAAACACUUGUAUAUACAAAAGAUGUGAAUAUUAAAGAAAUGAUAAAACGAUUCAACUGCAUGAAUACUUAGCAAGUGCGUAUUGAUUGUACUAUUUUUUUUUUCUAACAUCUUUCCUCUCAUUGAAACGAAUAUGUGUCAGCAAUAGAAAUAUUAAAUCCGCUGAUAUUCAAUUAUUGAAAACGAUAAUUUCAUGAAUACAAGGCAAAAAGAAGUAAAAACGAAGUUAUUGAAAA